AACUCCCAUAAAACCAGCGCUCUGCAGCCAGCCGGGUCUCAGGUCUCACGUGGCCUCUGGGAGACAGCAGCACAGAGACCCGCACGUCCUCCAAGGGCCAAUGAAUCAGUCAGAACAUGCAGAGGAGCUUAAGCUCCCACCUUCAGAUGGAGUUGUUCCAGCAGAGGGUACAGAGCUACAUGAGAUGCCUGCUGACCUGGCCAAGACGUCUGAUGGCGGUCCGAAUCAGGUGGCGGGAUUUGAUAUGAUCUACAGAAUCGAGGACGUCCCGCCUUGGUAUCUGUGCAUACUGCUGGGACUGCAGCACUACCUGACAUGCUUCAGUGGAACGAUUGCUGUACCAUUCUUACUGGCUGAAGCCAUGUGUGUGGGGAAGGACCAGUACACUGUCAGCCAGUUAGUCGGCACCAUCUUCACCUGUGUGGGGAUCACUACGCUCAUACAAACUACGUUUGGUGUCAGGUUGCCUUUGUUCCAGGCGAGUGCUUUUGCCUUUCUCAUUCCUGCCCAGGCAAUUCUGAGGCUGGAUAGAUGGAAAUGUCCUCCUGAAGAGGAGAUUUACGGAAAUUGGUCUAUUCCUCUCAACACGUCUCAUAUUUGGCACCCACGAAUGCAAGAGAUUCAGGGCGCUAUCAUUGUGUCCAGCUUGAUUGAGGUGGUCAUAGGGUUCGCUGGAAUCCCUGGGAUCCUGCUUAACUCAAUCGGGCCCCUGACUGUCACCCCCACAGUGUCCCUUAUCGGCCUGUCUGUCUUCCAGACGGCAGGAGACCGCGCUGGCAGCCACUGGGGCCUGUCUCUGCUGUGCAUCUUCCUUAUUGUUUUGUUUGCUCAGUAUUUGAGGAACUGGGCUUGUCCUUUCCCCAGUUAUUCCAGAGAAAAAGGCUGUCACGUCACACAUGUGCAAAUAUUCAAGAUGUUUCCCAUCAUCAUGGCGAUCAUGUUGGUAUGGCUGGUUUGCUAUAUUCUCACCCUGACGGAUGUGCUGCCGAAUGACCCAAAUCAGUACGGCUACAAGGCUCGCACCGACUCCCGGGGCGAUAUUAUGACCCGGGCACCGUGGUUUCGUUUCCCCUAUCCAUGUCAGUGGGGUUUGCCGAGAGUGACGUUAGCGGGCGUGCUAGGCAUGUUUAGUGCCACUCUAGCUGGUAUUGUUGAGUCUAUCGGGGAUUAUUACGCCUGCGCCCGCCUCUCUGGAGCUCCACCUCCUCCUGUGCACGCUAUAAAUAGGGGGAUCUUUACAGAAGGAGUGUGCUGUAUCAUUGCGGGGCUGCUGGGAACAGGAAAUGGAUCAACCUCUUCAAGUCCUAAUAUAGGGGUGCUUGGCAUUACAAAGGUGGGAAGUAGGAGAGUUAUACAGUAUGGAGCAGGCAUAAUGUUUUUAUUGGGAACUAUUGGGAAGUUCACCGCCCUGUUUGCCUCCUUACCUGACCCUGUCCUUGGAGGGAUGUUCUGCACCUUGUUUGGUAUGAUUACAGCCGUUGGACUGUCAAACCUUCAGAAUGUGGAUCUGAACUCCUCCAGAAAUCUUUUUGUUCUGGGUUUCUCCAUGUUUUUUGGCCUCAUGUUGCCUAAUUAUCUGGACACACAUCCCGGCAGCAUUAAAACAGGUGUGGACGAGCUGGACCAAAUUAUCACAGUGCUCCUGACAACAGAGAUGUUUGUAGGGGGGUUUCUAGCAUUUGCACUUGAUAACACAAUCCCAGGCACCAGAAAAGAGCGAGGACUGGUAGAAUGGGCGGCUGAGAGUUCUUCGGGAGCAGGAACGGUGACAACGAACACUUAUAACUUUCCAAUUGGGAUGGGGUUGGUCCAGAAGCUGGGCUGCAUGCGUUACCUGCCAAUCUGUCCCACUUUCCAGGGCUUUAAGUCAUCACGCCACAAAUAUGAGGAGGACGACAUAAAAAUAAACAAAGGUGUGACUGAUGCUCCAGAUGAAACGGUCUGCACCAAAAUUUAGCCCGAUUUUUUUUUUUUUGUUUGUUUGUUCCUUUUAACAACUGAGCACCAGUUCUGCUAUCACACAAAAUUUUUAUUUGUUUCAUUUUGCAUCACAAACAAAUAAGAAAAAUGUUCUAUUAAAAAAUGGGUGCAUAUAUUUAAAGGAAAACUUGGACAAAGGGGAUUUGUUCGUCUGACAUCCACCCAAAUGUGAAAUUUGAGUUCAUUAUAAAGAAUAUGAUCUUUUACUGAAAUGACUUCAAAUGAAAAUGAAGGUCAGGUUUUUUUUUUUUAUUACAUCUUGAUUGUGUACAAAAUACGCAAGUGAUUAACACUAAACACAAUAUGCUCAGAAAUGUUUAGCUUCAGAAAGUGGUGUUUAAAAUACACACAAAUCAUUAUGUAUAUACAUAUUAUUGUAACUAAUAAUGUUUAUAAAUACUAAGAGUGUAUUAUGUAUUCUAUAAGAGCCAUAAGACAAAUUAUCAUUUGGAUAUUCGGUUUUGACAAAGAGGUCCUUAAGUUAUUUUGUAUUAAAAUAUAACUUAAAAUAUAUCUUUCUGUCUGUCUAA